CGCUGAUAGGCCCUUUUCACAAUUACGUCAGACAACUUCCGUUCUGACCCUAUGCACGCUUUCCUUCCGCGGCUUUGUCAAACGAACAGCUAGCAUACAGGCUUUCUGCAACUAAACACAAAAUGAGCAAAGCACACCCACCAGAGCUGAAAAAGUUUAUGGACAAGAAGCUUUCCUUGAAGCUGAACGGAGGGAGGCAUGUGCAGGGCAUCCUACGAGGGUUCGACCCCUUCAUGAACCUGGUGAUGGACGACUGCCUGGAGAUGGGCCCAGGUGGACAGCAGAACACCAUCGGCAUGGUGGUUAUCAGAGGAAACAGCAUCAUCAUGUUGGAGGCUUUAGAGAGAGUAUGAGAAGAGAGGAGGAUGGUGGAAAGAAUGAGCUGCAGUUUUAUCUUUUGUUAUUCAUUUUUUUUAAAGUUUUUGUUCUACAGACUCAGCAGUUGUGUGAUGGCGAAUUUCUCUUCAUUUUGGUGUUUUGUGAUUUAAUGGGAAUAAAUUACAUUUUCCUUA